AUGUCGGGUGUCAAAAAGCAGCAGACGGUAAGAUAUGCAUAUACUUAUUUGAAACAUCAUAUUCGAAUAUAAAAUGUAUUUUGAAAAUUUCUAAUAGCAUAAGCAGGUAUAGAAAUGUUUGUAGCCUAGGCAGCGGAUAGUGCUAGAGCUGCCGAGGCUAGAAAUGUACCCUCAAGCAUGUUGAAAAUGAUUCCUGUAUGGUGCGCUUUGGGUGACCUUUUAUAUGGGUAUUUCGUCAACUAACUACAGCUGCAUUCUAAUUAAAAUAUGUUCCUGAUAAGUUACAUAAUAGCAAUUAUGUGGAUAAAGUGCUGGACAUGUUUGUUCACAAUCUUUGCUUCAUCAAACAAUGGUUAGAAGUCUGAUACGAUCAGCGCUGUCACUGUUGAUGUUGAAGUAGGCUACUUUCAAGUUUUCACUAUUGUGGUAGGAAAUUGGAUUGAUUUGAUUUGACAUAGGCAGUGGUGAAAAAAGUACCCAAUUGUCAUUCUUGAGUAAAAGUAAAGAUACCUUAAUAAAAAAUGACUCAAGUAAAUGUAAAAGUCACCCAGUAAAAUACGACUUGCGUAAAAGUCUAAAAGUAUUUGGUUUUCAAUAUACUUAAGUAUCAAAAGUAAAUAUAAUUGCUAAAAUAUAUGUAAGUAUCAAAAGUAAAAUGACAAUUUUAAAUUCCUUAUAUUAAGCAAACCAGACGGCACAAUUUUCUAUUUUUUUUUUUUUUAAUUUACGGAUAGCCAGGGGAACACUCCAACACUCAGACAUACAUUUAACAAACAAAGCAUUUGUGUUUAGUGAGUCCGCCAGAUCAGAGGCAGUAGGGAUGACCAGGGAUGUGUGUGAAUUGGACCAUUUUCUGUCCAGCUAAGCAUUCAAAAUGUAACGAGUACUUUUGGGUGUCAGGGAAAAUGUAUGGAGUAAAAAGUACAUUUUUUUUUUUAGGAAUGUAGUAAAGUAAAAUUUGACAAAAAUAUAAAUAGUACAGUACAGAUACCCCCCAAAAACUACUUAAGUUGUACUUUAAAGUAUUUUUAUGUAAGUACUUUACACCAUAUAGGUUAAACGGUAUAUAUAUAUAUAAACAAGUUUGAAGUAGCCUAAUGGUCAUUUACGACUCGAGUCAUUUAAUUAAUUGUAUGUCCCACUUAGAAUAAACCAUAACUGAAGCCUUCACAAACCCUUUAUACUAACUAGUCUAUAGGCUAUUAUACAAUGGGUGGGUCUAAUGCUGAUUGGUUAAAACCGCAUUCCAGCCGGUGUCUAUUCCAUAAGUUACCACCGGCUAAAUCUAUGACGUUAAAAUGCCUAUUUACUCUGUUCCAUCUGACCAACAUUUAGAACGAACGACUGGGUCGCGUCCAUAUAUACAGAACAAAAAGACUGAACAACUGGCUCUGGCAACUGAACCAAUAUAAAUAACGACCAGCUGGCUUGGGUAGCAACCCUAGAUUUGUAUCGGGACUAUAUCUUGUGGAAGGAUGAAAUGGUAUGAAUAAAUUAAUCAAAAUAACUUUUUUAAUGAAAAUAUGUAAAUAAUUAUUUUAAUAUGUUGGUAACCCGUUGUAUAAAAGUAAAAAUGCCCUCAGCCGGUGUUUGGAUGAUAUAUUGGCACGGUUUGCUGGCCCUCGACGACCUGUGCAAAUAUAUCCUCCAAACACCGGCUUCUCAGGCACUAUCACUUAAAUGUACAGACCUUAACCCAACACCUAGCGACCUCAAUCAUCAAGAGUUUUGGACCGGUUGGGGCUACCCCCCUGAAUUCGCUACGUUGGUGUCAGAAGUGGGAUGGCGCCCGUGAGGCCAUCGGGGAGGCAUGUACACAUGAGGGACUUGGUCAAGAAAAGCACGGGGACACACUCUCCCGAAGGAAGAGGGUAAUGUAGUGCCCUUAACCCAACACUAAUUAAUCAUUUAUAAGCAAAUGUUAAACCAUAGCCUUAUAAAGGGUGGCACAGGUUUAUGCCACAUUUGACAAAGCCACCAUUCAUGUAAUGGCUUUGAUUUAAUUUGAUUUGUGAAGUGGUGCUAUAAGCAUUUAUGAAGCCUUUAUAAGUACAAAGUUUUUAAUGUUGUGUAGCUGAAACAAGCUACUUCUGUGCUGCUAAGGAACUGACGAUGAGGUUUGUGUGGCAGAAAACGAUCAGUGUAGUCAGUAAACAAGCUAAUGCCACAAAUGCUUUGUAACAGGGAAAUGUAGCUCACUUUAGUCUGCAUAGUUUCUAAACAGGUUUACUGACAAUUAGUUAGCCUAGUACUAUAUGUGGACAAUCUGUUGGCACAGUAUACGUUGGAAGAGUGUGGAAAGCAGCAAGUUGAUAGGGUGCUGGUUCCAAUACUUCAGUAUGUGGUUUUGCACAGUUAUCUUAAACUAUCAUCUACCACUCACACAAUCACAGUAUGAACUUGACCUACAUGAGGAAGCAUUUGUACUGAAGGAACUACUGUGUAUCAACAGAUAGACCAAUACCCUACAUGUUUUUCAUAACCAACCUGUAGACAAAAGAUAACAAAGAAUGUCACUCAAGUCAUUGUUUUCUCAAUAUUUUGAUACACCUUAAUACUGUAGGCUUAAUUUGUCAGAUUUCCACUCCUCUCUGUAUAGAGACUGUAUAACUAUGUGUGUGCAGUUAGGGUGUGGGAAUAGGAAAUGUGUCCCAAGAGUAAGCACAGCUGUUUAUUUUAUUCUGCAGAUUAAAUAGGAUGAUAAGGGUAGUAGGGGCCAUUUUGUUUACCACCUCCUAUAGGCUAUUCUAACAGGACCUAACAGGUCUCCAUAUAGAAAAAUACAUAUUUAAACUAUGAUGUUUUUGGAGUUGGCACUACAAGAACCACUCAUCCGUCGUAUGCUGGAAGGGGCAAUUGUAACACAGAGGGAAUGACAGAGGGAGAGUUAGAAACGCAGACAGAAUAAGAGGGGGAGGAAAUGAGAAGGAAGCAGAAUGAAAAAGAUGAUAGGAGUCAGAUGGAUAGACAGACAGAGCUGAGUGUGUUUGUGAUAGUGACAGAGGGAGGGAGGAAGAGGCAAAUAGGCAAAGAAUAGUAAAAGAAGUAGUGAAAGUCAGGUACACGUCAACUAUGACAGACAAAAUGAGAAAAAAAAAUCCAGAAAAUCACAUUGUAGGAUUUUUAAUGAAUUUAUUUCCAAAUUAUAGUGGAAAAUAAGUAUUUGGUCAAUAACAAAAGUUUCUCAAUACUUUGUUAUAUACCCUUUGUUGGCAAUGACGCAUGUCAAACGUUUUCUGUAAGUCUUCACAAGGUUUUCACACACUGUUGCUGGUAUUUUGGCCCAUUCCUCCAUGCAGAUCUCCUCUAGAGCAGUGAUGUUUUGGGGCUGUCGCUGGGCAACACGGACUUUCAACUCCCUCCAAAGAUUUUCUAUGGGGUUGAGAUCUGGAGACUGGCUAGGCCACUCCAGGACCUUGAAAUGCUUCUUACGAAGCCACUCCUUCGUUGCCCGGGCGGUGUGUUUGGGAUCAUUGUCAUGCUGAAAGACCCAGCCACGUUUCAUCUUCAAUGCCCUUGCUGAUGGAAGGAGGUUUUCACUCAAAAUCUCACGAUACAUGGCCCCAUUCAUUCUUUCCUUUACACGGAUCAGUCGUCCUGGUCCCUUUGCAGAAAAACAGCCCCAAAGCAUGAUGUUUCCACCCCCAUGCUUCACAGUAGGUAUGGUGUUCUUUGGAUGCAACUCAGCAUUCUUUGUCCUCCAAACACGACGAGUUGAGUUUUUACCAAAAAGUUCUAUUGGUUUCAUCUGACCAUAUGACAUUCUCCCAAUCCUCUUCUGGAUCAUCCAAAUGCACUCUAGCAAACUUCAGGCGGGCCUGGACAUGUACUGGCUUAAGCAGGGGGACACGUCUGGCACUGCAGGAUUUGAGUCCCUGGCGGCGUAGUGUGUUACUGAUGGUAGGCUUUGUUACUUUGGUCCAAGCUCUCUGCAGGUCAUUCACUAGGUCCCCCCGUGUGGUUCUGGUAUUUUUGCUCACCGUUCUUGUGAUCAUUUUGACCCCACGGGGUGAGAUCUUGCGUGGAGCCCCAGAUCGAGGGAGAUUAUCAGUGGUCUUGUAUGUCUUCCAUUUCCUAAUAAUUGCUCCCACAGUUGAUUUCUUCAAACCAAGCUGCUUACCUAUUGCAGAUUCAGUCUUCCCAGCCUGGUGCAGGUCUACAAUUUUGUUUCUGGUGUCCUUUGACAGCUCUUUGGUCUUGGCCAUAGUGGAGUUUGGAGUGUGACUGUUUGAGGUUGUGGACAGGUGUCUUUUAUACUGAUAACAAGUUCAAACAGGUGCCAUUAAUACAGGUAACGAGUGGAGGACAGAGGAGCCUCUUAAAGAAGAAGUUACAGGUCUGUAAGAGCCAGAAAUCUUGCUUGUUUGUAGGUGACCAAAUACUUAUUUUCCACCAUAAUUUGCAAAUAAAUUCAUUAAAAAUCCUACAAUGUGAUUUUCUGGAUAAUUUUUUCUCAAUUUGUUUGUCAUAGUUGACGUGUACCUAUGAUGAAAAUUACAGGCCUCUCUCAUCUUUUUAAGUGGGAGAACUUGCACAAUUGGUGGCUGACUAAAUACUUUUUUCCCCCACUGUAUAUGUGUGUUUGUGCAUAAGAGGGUGGGUGAUGAUGGGGAAAUAUAUCUAAUUAAGCUAUAGACCUAUGUAAGUCUGUAGACCGUUAACCUUUGGAUUAUUUGGAAUGCUGUUCGUAAGCCUUGAAUUGAUGUAUCACCUUUAAAAAAUGACCCGUGUUUCGCAAGUUGAAGUUGCAUAAUGCAGUCAGUGACAUAUCACUAUUGUAAUAAUUACACUGUAAGAGGUUAGUUUGCCAUUGAUAGGUUGGCCAAAAGGACAUGACAGAAGCAGAAUUAAUUUUGAAACAUGGACAACUGUGUAGCAUUUCUCUGCAUUUAACUGAAUAAUCUACUACAGUGCCUUCAGAAAGUAUUCACACCCCUUUACUUUUCCCACAUUUUGUUGUGUAAAGCCUGAAUAUUAAAUUGAUAUUUUUUGGUCACUUGCCUGCACACAAUACUCCAUAAUGUCAAAGUGAAAAAAAAAUGUUUCAAAUGUUUACAAAUUAAUAAAAAAUGAGAAGCUUAAAUGUCGAGUCAAUAAAUAUUCAACCCCUUUGUUAUGGCAAGCCUAAAUAAGUUAAAGAGUAAAAAUGUUCUUAAAAAGUCACACAAGUUACAUGGACUCACUCUGUGUGCAAUAAUAGUGUUGGCAUGAUUUUUGAAUUACUACCUCAUCUCUGUACCCCACACAUACAAUUAUCUGUAAGGUCCCUCAGUCAAGCAGUGAAUUUCAAACACAGAUUCAACCACAAAGACCAGGGCGGUUUUCCAAUGCCUCGCAAAGAAGGGCACCUAUUGGUAGAUAGGUAAAAACAUUUUUUUUUUUAAAGCAGACAUUGAAUAUCCCUUUCAGCAUGGUGAAGUUAUUAAUUACACUUUAGAUGGUGUAUUAAUACACCCAGUCACUACAAAUAUACAGGCGUCUUUCCUAAUUCAGUUGCCGGAGAGGAAGGAAACAGAUCAGGGAUUUCAACAUGAGGCCAAUGGUGACUUUAAAGCAGUUACAGAGUUUAAUGGCUGUGAUAGGAGAAAACUGAGGAUGGAUCUACAACAUUGAAUUUACUCCACAAUACUAACCUAAUUGACAGAGUAAAAAUAAAGAAGCCUGUACAGAAGCCACUAAAGGAAUACUGCAAAACAUUUGGCAAAGCAAUUAUCUUUUAGUCUUGAAUACAAAGUGUUAUGUUUGUGUCAAAUCCAAUAUAACACAUUACUGACUUCCAGUCUCCAUAUUUUCAAGCAUAGUGGUGGCUGCAUCAUGUUAGGGGUAUACAGUCGUGGUAAAAAGUUUUGAGAAUGACACAAAUACUAAUUUUCACAAAGUCUGCUGCCUCAGUUUUGAUGAUGGCAAUUUGCAUAUACUCCAGAAUGUCAUGAAGAGUGAUCAGAUGAAUUGCAAUUAAUUGCAAAGUCCCUCUUUACCAUGAAAAUGAACUUAAUCCCCCCAAAACAUUUCCACUGCAUUUCAGCCCUGCCACAAAGGACCAGCUGCCAUCAUGUCAGUGAUUCUCUCGUUAACACAGGUGAGAGUGUUGACGAGGACAAGGCUGGAGAUCACUCUGUCAUGCUGAUUGAGUUAGAAUAAGAGACUGGAAGCUUUAAAAGGAGGGUGGUGCUUGAAAUCAUUGUUCUUCCUCUGUUAACCAUGGUUACCUGCAAGGAAACACGUGCCGUCAUCAUUGCUUUGCACAAAAAGGGCUUCACAGGCAAGGAUAUUGCUGCUAGUAAGAUUGCACCUAAAUCAACCAUUUAUCGGAUCAUCAAGAACUUCAAGGAGAGAGGAUCAAUUGUUGUGAAGAAGGUGAGACCAUUCAUGUGUGGGGUUGCUUCUCAGCCAAGGGAGUGGGCUCACUCACAAUUUUGCCUAAGAACACAGCCAUGAAUAAAGAAUGGUACCAACACAUCCUCCGAGAGCAACUUCUCCCAACCAUCCAAGAACAGUUUGGUGACAACCAAUGCCUUUUCCAGCAUGAUGGAGCACCUUGCCAAAAAAGUGAUAACUAAGUGGCUCGGGGAACAAAACAUUGACAUUUUGGGUCCAUGGCCAGGAAACUCCCCAGACCUUAAUCCCAUUGAGAACUUGUGGUCGAUUCUCAAGAGGCGGGUGGACAAACAAAAACCCACAAAUUCUGACAAACUCCAAGCAUUGAUUAUGCAAGAAUGGGCUGCCAUCAGUCAGGAUGUGGCCCAGAAGUUAAUUGACAGCAUGCCAGGGCGGAUUGCAGAGGUCUUGAAAAGAAGGGUCAACACUGAAAAUAUUGACUCUUUGCAUAAACUAAAUGUAAUUGUCAAUAAAAGCCUUUGACACUUAUGGAAUGCUUGUAAUUAUACUUCAGUAUACCAUAGUAACAUCUGACAAAAAUAUCUCAUAACACCGAAGCAGCGAACUUUGUGAAGACCAAUACUUGUGUCAUUCUCAAAACUUUUGACCACGACUGUACUUGUAAUCGUUAAGGACUGGGGAGUUUUUCAGGAUACAAAAUAAACCGGAAUGGAGCUAAACACAGGCAAAAUCCUAGAGGAAAAACUGGUUCAGUCUGCUUUCCACCAGACACUGGGAGAUGAAUUCACCUUUCAGCAGGACAAUAACCUAAAACACAAGGCCAAAUCUACAUUGGAGUUGCUUACCUAGAAGACAGUGAAUGUUCCUGGGUGGCCUAGUUACAGUUUUGACUUAAAUCUACUUGAAAAUCGAUGGCAAGACCUGAAAAUGGUUGUCUAGCAAUGAUAAACAACCAAUUUGACCGAAUAAUUUUUUAAAGAAUAAUGGGCAAAUGUUGCAUAAUCCAGGUGUGGAAAGCUCUUAGAGAUUUACCCAGAAAGACUCACAGCUAUAAUCGCUGCCAAAGGUGCUUCUACAAAGUAUUGACUUAGGGGUGUGAAUACUUAUGUAAAUUAGAUAUUUCUGUAUUUAAUGUUCAAUACAUUUGGAAUUCAGGCUGUAACACAACAAAAUGUGGAAUAAGUCAAAGGGUUAUACUCCCGGGUGGCGCAGUGGUCUAAGGCACUGCAUCGCAGUGCUAGCUGUGCCACUAGAGAUCCUGGUUCGAAUCCAGGAUCCGGGGCGGUGCACAAUUGGCCCAGCGUCGUCCAGGGUAGGGUAGGGAAUGGCUGGCAGGGAUGUAGCUCAGUUGGUAGAGCAUGGCGUUUGCAACGCCAGGGUUGUGGGUUCGAUUCCCACGGGGGGCCAGUAUGAAAAAUAAAAUAAAAAGACAAUGUAAGUCGCUCUGAAUAAGAGCGUCUGCUAAAUGACUAAAAUGUAAAUGUAAAAUGUUAUGAAUACUUUCUGAAGGCACUGUAUAGGUUACUAGUGAUGUAGGUACUAGAGUCAUGGAAAAUCUGCAAAAAUGUUGCCCUCGCCUGAAAGACUGUACUGUAUGGACCUGGAGUUCUCUCCACAACCCUGACAGAAACACACCUCUGUGUGUGGAGGCUGUCGGCCGGCUGGUGUGGUAGGAGUGGUAGGAGAUGGUGGGUGAGAGUGCAGAGAGAGUGCCCUCUGUUUAUAGAAGGCUGUCUGUCUGUGGUGGGGGUGUGGGGGCCCUGCUAUGGUUAAUAACAGGAGGUUGUGUCCGUAACCCACACCGGGUGGGGUACUGGAAGGGCUGGGAAAGUUUAAUGGGGAGUAGGCACUGGUAGGAAAGGUGGGGAGGCACUAGAGGGAGGGGGGCAUAGAGUGAGAGGGAAGGAUGCCACAUCAUCGCUGGGCUGCAGGCAGCACACUGGCCACAUUGUCUGGUCCUGUUCCCUCCAUUCCUUGGAGCCAGCCAGCAUCCCGUCACCACUGCCCUGUCCACCCAGCCAGAGACUGUCUCAGUCGGACUCACUCUGAAGGGGCCUAUUCACCAAGUCACAUUCACAACGGUUCACAUAGAAAUUUGUUUUUUUAUAAACCAGACCUGACUUUCUAGCAGGUUGAAUGAAGAAUCAUGUCUGUUCUACGAAAUAUACACUACCGGUCAAAAGUUUUAGAACACCUACUCAUUCAAAGGGUUUUCUUUAUUUUUACUAUUUUGUACAUUGUAGAAUAAUAGUGAAGAUAUCAAAACUAUGAAAUUACACAUGUAGUAACCAAAAAAGUGUUAAACGAAUCAAAAUAUAUUUUAUAUUUGAGAUUCUUCAAAUAGCCACCCUUUGCCUUGCUGACAGCUUUGCACACUUAGCAUUCUCCCAACCAGCUUCAUGAGGUAGUCACCUGGAAUGCAUUUCAAUUAACAGGUGUGCCUUCUUAAAAGUUAAUUUGUGGAAUUUCUUUCGUUCUUAAUGCGUUUGAGCCAAUCAGUUGUGUUGUGACAAGGUAGGGGGGGGGGGGUAUACAGAAGAUAGCCCUAUUUGGUAAAAGACCAAGUCCAUAUUAUGGCAAGAACAGCUCAAAUAAGCAAAGAGAAAUGACAGUCCAUCAUUCCUCUAAGACAUGAAGGUCAGUCAAUACAGAACAUUUCCAGGACUUUGAAAGUUUCUUCAAGUGCAGUCGCAAAAACCAUCAAGUGCUAUGAUGAAACUGGCUCUCAUGAGGACCGCCACAGGAAUGGAAGACCCAGAGUUACCUCUGCUGCAGAGGAUAAGUUCAUUAGAGUUACCAGCCUCAGAAAUUGCAGCCCAAAUAAAUGCUUCACAGAGUUCAAGUAACAGACACAUCUCAGACUGUGUGAAUCAGGCCUUCAUGGUCGAAUUGCUGCAAAGAAACCACUACGAAAGGACACCAAUAAGAAGAAGAGACUUGCUUGGGCCAAGAAACACGAGCAAUGGACAUUAGACCGGUGGAAAUGUGUCCUUUGGUCUGGAGUCCGAAUUGGAGAUUUUUGGUUCCAACCGCCGUGUCUUUGUGAGACCCGGUGUGGGUGAACGGAUGAUCUCCGCUUGUGUAUUUCAUACCGGUGCUUUGCUGGUGACACUGUCUGUGAUUUAUUUAGAAUUCAAGGCACACUUAACCAGCAUGGCUACCACAGCAUUCUGCAGUGAUACGCCAUCCCAUCUGGUUUGUGCUUAGUGGGACUAUCAUUUGUUUUUCAACAGGACAAUGACCCAACACACCUCCAGGCUGUGUAAGGGCUAUUUGACCAAGAAGGAGAAUGAUGGAGUGCUGCAUCAGAUGACCUGGCCUCCACAAUCCCGACCUCAACCAAAUUGAGAUGGUUUGGGAUGAGUCGGACCGCAGAGUGAAGGAAAAGCAGCUAACGAGUGGUCAGCAUAUGUGGGAACUCCUUCAAGACUGUUGGAAAAGCAUUCCAGGUGAACCUGGUUGAGAGAAUGCCAAGAGUGUGCAAAGCUGUCAUCAAGGCAAAGGGUGGCUAUUUCAAGAAUUUCAAAUAUAAAAUAUAUUUUGAUUUGUUUAACACUUUUUUGGUUACUACAUGAUUCUAUAUGUGCUAUUUCAUAGUGUUGAUUUCUUCACUAUUAUUCUACAAUGUAGAAAAUAGUACAAAUAAAGAAAAAACCUUGAAUGAGUAGUGUAUCUCUCUCUGUAACACUGAAUGAUGUGAACAUUUGAUUAAGCCGCUGGCGUAUGUAAACUCCCCCUAAAAGAAUUUAGUAGAGUCUGUUGGGUUGAUAUAACCCACUUGAAUGGCAAAGCCUUCUACAUGUGUUGUACCCUGUUUAUCUUCUGUCUGUAUAUUCAGUUUAUUGUGGCAGCACCAUUUCACCAAGUCAAAUUCCAGUACAUGCACAUUUAUUUGUAGAGUAAAGGUAAUUCUGAUUAAUUCAAGCAAUGACAGACGUACUAGGCCUUAAGCAAAACCACGUAAUCUAUUGCAAGUCACCCAUAACAAAAAUGUUAUCAUUAAUCUAGUCUGCCGUUGGAAUGUCUUUCAGGAAAAACUAGAUUCAGUUCAGGAGGCGUACUCCGUAUCAUACCUGAAACUAAAUGAAAUGGAUGAUAUGGUAUGUUUGGCAUGAGAUACCUUAUGUGGACCAAUGGGAGAAAAGAAGUGAGAUGCAUAUGGACAAGAUAAUAUCACACAGGAACUGAGCAAAGCGAAUGGCUAAACACGAGGACUCAUUCCUUAUCAUGUGUUACUGUAUUCCAUCUCCAACUGCCUCAGAGAAUAUUCCACAUUAUUUCAGCAUUUGUAUGUAGCCUACUGUAGUUAGUCAAAUGUAAAUGAGAAUGUUUGUGAAAGAAGGGAAAUACUGUAAAGUUCUGCAUCUUCUUACCCUGAAAAGUUGAAGUUGUACUAAAUAUACUUUUGAGAGCAGAAUGUGGGUGUGCAUCAUCUCUGAGUCAGAGACCCCAUUGAUGUCAUAACAUGGGACUGGGGAGGUGUCCAAAGGGUGGUGUCAUUAUACUUUUUUUAAAUCCUGAGAGCGACGUCAAAAGCUGAUGAGUUUUGCUCAGUAAAAAUUAAAGAGGAACAAUGUAGACUAGAGCAUUACUCGUCAGCACAAGUCACUCAUUUCCUACCAUGUCUUCUUCUGCUUUGAUUUCAGGAUCUGAACAGAUCCACCAAUGUAGUGUUCCAGGCCCACCAUGUGACCCGGAGCAAGAGAGGUCAGGUGGUGGGCACCAGAGGAGGCUUCAGGGGCUGCACCGUCUGGCUCACAGGUAAACCGCUCACCAUAGCCAAUACUCAAUGGAUUGUCACUAUUACAUGUUGCUAUUACAGUAAUGUGUUACUAGUGACUGUAGUGAUAAUGAUACUGUUGAGUAUUGGCUAAUCUCACCUGUACAUUCUCCAUGUGUCCACCGCCAGGUUUGUCUGGUGCUGGGAAGACUACCAUAGCCUUUGCCCUGGAGGAGUACCUGGUGUCCCACGGCAUCCCCUGCUACUCACUAGACGGGGACAACAUCCGCCACGGCCUCAACAAGAACCUGGGCUUCACAGCCAUCGACCGUGAGGAGAACAUCCGACGUAUUGCUGAGGUGGCCAAGUUGUUCGCAGACGCUGGCCUCGUCUGCAUCACCAGCUUCAUCUCUCCUUACACCAAGGUCAGGGGUCAUUCUCGGGAGUGUCUGUCUACCCAUUUCUGUUGGUAUUGGUGGUAUUGUCUUGUGUAGAGUGUUCUGGUGCAAAAUGGAUGCCGUAUAUCUAGUAUACUGUGUGUUACGAUUGACAAGACAGCAUUCUGACAAUCCUGUUCCCCCUCCUCUUUUGUCUAAAGGAUCGUGAUGAUGCGAGGAAGAUCCUAGAGAGUGCUGGGUUACCCUUCUUUGAGGUGUUCAUCAAUGCUCCUCUGGAGGUGUGUGAGAGUCGCGAUGUGAAGGGCCUCUACAAGAAAGCCCGUGCUGGAGAGAUCAAAGGUACACACUUUUGGUCCUUUGUUUACAUUUUGGUAUCCAUACAUCGAAAUGUAACUUCUUAUUAUAAGGGAAAGAACAUCAAAUUCCCUCUAUGGGUUCCAUUUCUAUCUGAAAGAGUCAAUCAAACAUCCUUUUAGAAAGGGAAUUCUAAUGGAUCUACCUGUGUUCUCAGGCUUCACUGGGAUCGAUGCAGAGUACGAGCGGCCCGAGGCUCCGGAGUUGGUGCUGAAAACAGGAGAGAUCACCGUGAACGAGUGCAUCCGGCAGGUUGUGGACCUGCUUAGAGAGCAGGUGAACAUGACAGACAGCUCACCUUUUUUACCCGCUCGUCUAGCUCUAAACUAGAAAAAAAGUCAAGCGUAUGUAAUGGAAUUGACACCAAACCUAGCUUAUAACAAACAUAUCAAGACAAAACAAAACGUAUCAUAAGGGCUUGAAAAAAACGACCAAAGUGAUAACUGCAAAUGCAUACAAACCACCUGUCAUGUUAUCUUCAUAUGACAUUGUCUUCUCUCUCUGUAAUUGUUCAGAGUAUUGUUCCAAGUGGAAUCACAGAGGAGGUGAAUGAACUAUUUGUUCCGGAGAACAAGCUGAAGCUGGUUCAGGCCGACGCUGUCACACUUCCCACAAUCAGCAUCACCAAGGUAACAACAUACCUCUCCACUACCAAUCCACAUGUUCUUUAUGACUACCCAAAUGACCAUGGGUCAAUAUUUGACUGGAUGGCAGGCUGUGCUCACAAUCUCUCUCUUUUGGAUUGUACUAUAUGUUCUAAUGGACUGGGCUGAUUGCCCAAUGUUUGAAAAUCAAUUAAAGUCAAACAUAGUAGAUAUGCUGCUACAGUAUUUGCAUUGUAUGUGAUAUGAUUUAUGGUUGAAUUACUGUGAUAGGUAAACCCUAGUAUCCUGAUAAGUGGAGUUAUUAGUACAACGCUACUUACUGUAUUGUGGUAAAACUGUAAUAAAUAUGUGCAUUUGGAAACUAAAACUGUAUGAACCACCAUGAAGCAUGGAGGUACAGUAUAUCACAUGAAAUUGGUUUGAUGGAAAGUCUUACUUUACUAUCUCUGUUUCUUCAUGAACUGUUUCUCAUUCAGCAUGGUUUCGUGUGGACUCUGCCACCCCUGAUACCAGCCAAUAUCUCUAACAUAUCAGCUGUUAAGGGAAAUUAUUAACGGUCAGUAAGUUAAAUCCCUACCCGUUUGAUGUAUAUUACCCCCGGUCUGUCCUGUUCAGUUGGACCUCCAGUGGGUGCAGGUGCUGGCCGAAGGCUGGGCUACCCCACUGAAAGGCUUCAUGAGGGAGAGGGAGUUCCUCCAGGUGCAGCAUUUCGGCAACCUCCUCGACGGUAAGAACCACACACACACCCUUAUAAUACAUCAUAACAUUACUCAGCCAAUUCUUAUUCUCCCCUCUUCAUAAUGGAGUGAGUGACAGUGGAUGGAUGUUAUAUAAAGUUGUCUCUAAUUGUUAUCCUGACCAUGUGACUAUAGGCAAUAACCAUGGUCCUGAGUUUCCCUUGGUAGGUUCACAUGGUCAGCACAAACUCCUGGCCCUAUCAUCACACACAUUUAUCUUUCCCUGGUUCAGAUGGAACCAUCAACCAGUCUAUUCCCAUUGUCCUGCCUGUUACCACGGAAACCAAGCAGAGGCUGGACGGCUGUGCGGCGGUAGCUCUGGAGUUCCAGGGAACCCGCGUGGCCAUUCUAAGACGGCCAGAGUUCUACGAACACCGCAAAGAGGAGCGCUGUGCCCGUCAGUGGGGCACCACCUGCCCCCAGCACCCCUACAUUAAGGUUAUAACCAACCACACAUGUCCAUGCAUAGUUGUUUAGCAAACAUAGAUGUCCUUUGAUGUGUUAAAGCAACACUCUGUGCACACUCUUGUGCAUACCAAUUCCAAGCUAUAAUGGAGUUUAAUGAAGUUGCACUUGAACAUAUCCAUCACAUAUCCAUCGCAUGAAAUAUAUUGAUAUUAUGUCAUUCAUAUCUCUACAACAUCCACACUCUUUUACAGAUGGUGAUGGAGGGAGGUGAUUGGCUCGUGGGUGGCGACCUGGAGGUGCUGGAGCGAAUCAGAUGGAACGAUGGGCUGGACCAGUACCGCUUUACUCCACGGGAGCUCAAGCAGAAGUUUAAAGAAAUGAAAGCAGGUUAGAAGAGUUCCUCUAAAGGCAGUACAAAUAUACAGUACAUGGCAUAUUGCACAAAAUAUACAUUUGAGUAGGCCUUUACACUCGUACCCGUAUACGGGUUGAAAAUGGCAGAUUUGGCACUGAUAAGCGUCUAAAUUGGAACACAGUGGCUGUACAGUAACAUGCUAUAAAUGAUGUCAGAGCUCAGGUUCUGCGCUUCACAGCGCUGUAUGGGUUUGACUGACAGCCGUUCUGAACUUGAGCACUUCGCGCGACAAGAAGUUGCCCCCAUCCCUCCCGCUAAUUGGGCAACCUUUGCACAUUUUUGGUUGUCUGAGUGAGGAAAAUGCUGUAAAUGAAGAUGACUCAAUGUGUUUUCAAAGAUGAGACUUUGAGGAUUAUAAUAAAUACCGCUUUGAUGUCAUACAAGCAAGCCAAACACCCAUUAGAAUUGCAUUGUGAAAGCCUAACACUGUAAUAUCGUAUUUUAUAACUUAGCUAGUCAUGCUAGCAAUAGAACAGGCUUUCAAAUGAUGCCCACCUGUCCCAGAUUGCGAUUUUUAAUGGACUGUUUUUGGAUUGCUUAAACAACAACAGUAAUUAUGUGAUGGUGGGGAUGCAGGGUUGUUUUCCAAACAAAACAACUACAAGUGUGCUUGCUCUAGUUCCUCAAUAGCAGAGCUAGGAGAGCUAAAAAACAACAACAUUAUAGUUAAAGACUCUUCUUUGAGUCAUAAAAGCGCAUUGAAAUUUCUUAGGAACUGUGCACACUUUGGAGAGGUGUGUGGCCACUUGGAGACACCAGUUAGUCCUCUCACUCAAACUCUUUACAUUGUUUUGUCUUAUGUUGCACAUACCCCACAUUUUCCAGGAAUAUUCUUAUCAUGUUACUGAAUAUAUCCAGAGUAUUUUCAGUUUUCGUUAUCAACAAAUGCGGUGAAAAGUACAGUAAAUGUAAAAUGCACAUAAAAUCAACUGUGUAAUGUUUGGAUUCAGUCUUGUGUCAGGUGAACAGUUGUGUCCUCACCUUUGGUCUAAUAAUGUCCCAUAAUCUCCAAACUGUCAUUCAAUUGCUACCGUGGUUAUGCAUAUACUUUUCAUAUUUAUUCUGUGAAAAAAACAUUCAAUUUAGCCCAAUCCGUAUAGGCCAAGUGUAAAGGGUUAAAGAUUAAGUCUAAAUAAAUGAAGGUUUAUGUUUAGCUACAGAGGACCAGAUGCAAAAUGGUACUAGCAUCCAUGCUACUUUUUGCAUCUGGUCCUUGUCAAAUGCUUCUGAAAAAAACAAUACAUUUAUAUGUGCAUGGUAGAAUUUCUUGUUUGCACUAGAUGGAGACAUAUUCCUCUGUGUGAGACGUUGAGGACUGUUUCGUCAUGAGUCAACUGUUGUGCGUACAUUUUCACCACCUAUGAUAUCUGCAAUCACAAUGGUGUUGACCACCAGAUGCCAUCUUCGCCUUCCAACUGCGGAACCCGGUCCACAACGGCCAUGCCCUGUUGAUGCAGGACACCAAGCGCCGUCUCCUGGAGCGGGGCUACAAGCGACCCGUCCUCUUGCUGCACCCGCUGGGGGGCUGGACCAAAGACGACGACGUGCCCCUGGACUGGCGCAUGAAACAGCACGCUGCAGUACUGGAGGAGGGGGUACUGGACCCCAGCAGCACCAUAGUGGCUAUUUUCCCCUCCCCCAUGAUGUACGCUGGACCCACUGAGGUAUGGGUCAAAAACACAGCCAUCAACACAUUCAUAGUUUUUGUGUGUUUAGCAGGGGAUAUGAUGCAGUAUUUAGUCAGUUACAGUACUUAAACCCCCAUUUGGCUAGGCAGAUGAUGUCACUGUAGGGCUGUGAAUACCCUAUUGUGUUAGUCCAUCCACUAAGGAUAACAGAUUUAAGACCAUAAUGUGCGUGAUUAUGUGUGAGCAUACAUUUCUUUUUCCCUCAGGUCCAGUGGCACUGCAGGGCGCGGAUGAUCGCCGGAGCUAACUUCUACAUUGUGGGCCGUGACCCAGCGGGCAUGCCCCAUCCCGAGACCAAGCAGGACAUUUAUGAGCCCACCCAUGGGGGUAAGGUCCUCACCAUGGCCCCAGGCCUCACCUCUGUAGAGAUCAUCCCCUUCAGAGUGGCCGCCUACAACAAGACCAAGAGGGCCAUGGAUUUCUACGACAAGGACCGGUGAGUGGAAUGUGAAAGAUUGAUUAUGGCUUUUGUAAUGCAUAUUUACAGAUUAUUUUAUACAGAGCCUGUGGUGGGAAAUGUGGGUCAAAGAACCUUCAAAAGCAGACACUGCUGAUCAUUUUCCUUCUGUCUCUCUCUUUAUCUCAUCUCCAUCCAUCUCGCUUCCCCUCCUCUGCCUUUCACAGACACGCUGAGUUUGAGUUCAUCUCGGGCACCAGGAUGAGGAAGCUGGCGCGGUGCGGGGAGAACCCCCCAGAUGGCUUCAUGGCCCCCAAGGCCUGGAAGGUCCUGACUGAGUACUACAGCUCCCUACAGAAGGACCAGUAACCCAAACACCCAAGCUCUUAGAAGGGCAACAACUCUAGUCCUCGAGGAAUGUUCUAGUUUGAUGUUAUCUGUAAGUCAGAGGUUUCAUUUCAUUAUCCCGGUAGAUGAUUCAGUGAGUAAGGAAUCCAUUAAUGACUGAAAUCAAGUGAGACCAAGCAGUCCUGGAGGAUUGGAGUUGUGUGCCUAUCUUCAUUGAAGGAAAACCAUGUGAUGUUGGAGGAGCUAGUGGUUGGGUUUAAGCAGUGAAAACAUUCCUAUGUUUGUCUAUGUAUGUGUAAGUCCAUAUAUUUAAAGAAAUUGUAUACAUAUAUGAGAU